CGCGCCGGGGAGCGCAGCUGCGGGCGCGGGGACUGUAGGAGCCGCGGAGCCGGCGGUCAGAGCGGCUGCAGCUCGAGCGAGCGGAUGAAACAAAGGCGACGAUAGAGCCAGUUUUGAGUGUGGAUUUUUGAAUGAAACCUGGAACCCAAAUCAGAAGAAACCUUCAAGGAACAACUUCUAUUGAUAAUGAGUCUGCAAAAUCAUCUGUGUACAUACAUAUGGAGUGUUCUCAUUUCAGAUUUAGCUGAAUGAAUGGUUCAUUCAUGAGGAGUGACUACCUGUUAUAGGCCCUGGGUCAGGAGAGCAAUUUUGUACCUUCCUGCUGGUUCAGAAACAAGUCUCUGUAGAACCAGAAGCAAAGAAAAGGAAACAAUCUGACUUUUUUCUUACACUGACUAUAUAUAAGAUACUUGACUUCCAAGAACAAAGGCAGUGAAAUACAAUUUUUGUUUUGAUUGAAUAUUCAUCACAUUGAGGAUCAUACUUUGUGGAGCUUCCUGAAGUGAGAUUUGGAACCUUCAUUGGUGCUCAUUUAUACCUUGGACUGUAAGCAUGAGUGAAUUCUGGUUGUGUUUCAACUGCUGUAUUGCAGAACAGCCUCAGCCUAAAAGACGACGACGGAUUGACCGAAGCAUGAUUGGAGAGCCAACCAACUUCGUACACACUGCUCAUGUAGGAUCAGGAGACCUGUUCAGUGGGAUGAAUUCAGUUAGCUCCAUUCAGAACCAGAUGCAGUCCAAGGGAGGGUACGGAGGUGGUAUGUCUGCCAAUGUGCAGAUGCAGCUUGUGGACACGAAGGCGGGAUAGCCCUGGGUCCUUCCCCAUGAAAUGUUGCUGUUCUGCUCUGAAGAAGAUACUGUCAAGUGGAUCCUGCCUUUUCUCCGCUGGCGUGCAUGCCUUUGGACUCGUGGACUGAGUUCUUUGGAUUGUAGCUGAAUUUUCAACGUUUAAUCAUUGUGGAUCUGAUCUUAGCAUGAUUUUUAUUUGUUUGUUUUCGUGAAUGCUAGCACCAUUUUGU